AUGGACAAUGUUUUGGGAAAUAUUUUGAAGCAAUGGAAUAAACACCACACAAUUUACAUGUUGAAUGUGAACUUACCCUGUGAAAUACUCAAGAAGGAGUUCUUUUCUGGCAUUGUUAUGUGGGACUGUAAGGAUGAGGAGGUCAUACUUAUCCCAUGUGGACUUUUUCUUGCUGGUGACAACUCUAUGCAAGCCAAGGAAUGCAGUCAUGCAGGUCUCAAUUGCAACUAUUUUUGCAGGACAUGUGAUGUCAGUGGCACAAAAGAAUACAAGGCAUCUGAAGAAGGUUACAAUAGUAUAUUCAAGAUCAACAUGCACUUGGAUAUGCCAACCAAAACCCUCCAUAUAAUAUUGUUGGGUGUGGUGAAGUACUUUUGGGGUCAGAGUGUGUUUCUCCUGGAGAAAGAAAAGCUCCUGCACAUCUUUCAGAGCUGCCUCAAGUCUGUUAACAAAGACAGACUGAACAUACCUUCUCUGAAUGCUGACUAUAUAUGUCACUAUAAAGGCAAUUUAAUUGGCAAACAUUUCAAGAGCCUGGCCCAAGUUAUGCCCUUCCUGACAGUUGUCAAUGGAUGGUCUGUUAUUGGAGAACUUGUCACACUUGUUUGGUACACAACAAUACCAGAUACCGAUGAAUAUCUUGUUAGUUUGCACUACCAAAGUGUUAAAAGGUUAUCCCAAAUGAUCAAGGACUUUCUUAAUAUCACAGUGCAAUGUGCUCCAAGCAUUCUCAUCAGCAAGCCCAAGUUUCACUUCUUAAUUUAUCUUCUGGCAUUCAUAUGUCAUUUUGGACCUGCAAUCAUAUUCUCCACCAAGAGAUAUGAAUCACUUAAUCACGUUUUCUGA